CAAAUAACAGCCAUGUCUAGAUCAUGGACCAGACAGAAGAAAGGUUUUAAUCUGGUUGGGCUCAUACACUGUAGGUGAAAAAUAAAUAUAUAUAUAUAUAUAUAUAUAUAUAUAUAUAUAUAUAGGAUACGACAUUCGAUAUUUGUUUUAAAGCAGAUAGUUUGUGACCCUACGCAUGUCAAAGAGGAAGCAAGAUGUUGAACGUUAUUACACGCUGAACAAUUGUCGGAACAUUUCUACUGGUUGAACCGUUAACUGCGGGUUUUCCGAAACGAACUGUCGAACCCAAACCAGAUUGGAUGUGAUUUAGCCCUAUUCUGGUGGGCGACAUUUGUAAAUACGAGCCAAAUGAUGUCCGGAAAGUAUUUCAAGGCUCAUGAAGUCAGUUGCUGUAUCAAAUAUUUCAUAUUUGGAUUCAAUAUAAUAUUUUGGUUACUUGGAGUGGCGUUCCUUGGCAUAGGACUUUGGGCAUGGAGCGAGAAGGGUGUGCUCUCCAACAUCUCGUCCAUCACAGACCUGGGGGGCUUUGACCCCGUCUGGCUCUUCCUGGUGGUGGGAGGAGUUAUGUUUAUCCUUGGCUUUGCCGGCUGCAUCGGAGCACUGAGGGAGAACUCUUUCCUUCUCAAGUUUUUCUCUGUGUUCCUGGGGAUCAUCUUCUUCCUGGAGCUGACAGCUGGAGUCUUGGCCUUCGUCUUCAAGGACUGGAUAAAGGACCAGCUCAACUUCUUCAUUAACAACAACAUCCGGGCGUACCGGGAUGACAUUGACCUACAGAAUCUCAUAGAUUUCACCCAAGAAUACUGGGAGUGUUGUGGAGCCUUUGGGGCAGACGACUGGAACUUGAACAUCUACUUCAACUGCACUGAUUCCAACCCAAGUCGCGAGAAGUGCGGAGUCCCCUUUUCAUGCUGCACCAAAGACCCCGCAGAGGAUGUCAUUAACACCCAGUGUGGCUACGACAUUCGAGCUAAAGCGGACUCGGAGCAGAUGACCUUUAUCUACAUCAAAGGCUGUGUGCCUCAGUUUGAGAAGUGGCUUCAAGACAACCUGACAGUGGUGGCAGGGAUCUUCAUAGGAAUCGCUUUACUACAGAUUUUUGGGAUCUGUUUAGCACAGAAUCUAGUGAGCGACAUUGAAGUAGUGAGAGAGAGUUGUUUGUUUACCUGAAACACCUCAAGCAAACUAAAGGUUGUAACGAAGAUCUCUUGAGUUUUGCCACCUUCUAAAGGGAGACGAUCAGGACACUUGAGAAAUGUACAAAAUGAAGAGUCUCGCUGCUUCCUUUAUGCUCUGUAUAUAAUACUUUUGUAAGAAUUUGUUUUUAAAUGUCUCACUGAUGCAGUGUCAAACACUGCCUGGAAGGGUCAUGUACAAAGCCAUAUGUAUACAUAUGUGUAUAUAAGGGAGCCAGACAUAUGUAUCUAUAUGGCUCUGGUCAUGUACAGUAUAGAGCUGAGGUCGUUCUGUAAAUGCGCUGCAUGCCUAUUCAUAGGGCAUUCGUUCUCCUUACCUGUAUUCUUUAUUGUUAUAAUGUCUGAUGUAUUGUACAGUAUAAGUCAGAUUCCCAGUAUGGAGUGAAUUGGCUGGGUAGCACUUUGCACACUGUUAUAAAGCCUGCAUAGCUGUAGCAGUAACAUGUAUUGUAAUGUCAUGCUAUACUGUGUGAAGUGUCACAAAUUGGUUUAGGGUCCCUAAACCAUUUUGUGACACUUCACACAGUAUAGCAUGACAUUACAAUAUCAUGCAGCAGUUUGGGAUCUUUAGUAAGUUACAUUUAAAUUAAUGACUGUGUUUUGUGAUGUCGUUGGUCAAAAAGUGACAUGAUGAACUAUCAUUAGGUAAUGUGCUUGGUGUCAUGUCAUGGCAGAAUUCAUCUAUGCUUCAUGAAGUUUGAGUCUCGUAAUUAAGUGUUCCAGUUUCUAAAGAGGGAACAAGAUUUAAAGAGAAUUAGUGUUACUAAUACCACACACAUCCUGUCUAUUGACUAGCAAUAACUUCAAGAACCAUGAACUAACUCAAUUUCAGCCACAAGUGUUGUAUUUCAUUGUUGUGUUCAAUUUAUAACAGUUGCCCCAUAAAGGUGAGGUAUCAAAACCCAACUAGGUUCUUUACUGAAUUUUGAUUGCCUUUUAGCUGUUCCUGAUUUAUUUCUCUGUUUUGUCAGAAUUUUUUCAACAGAAGAAUCCCAUGAGGCAAAAAUUUGGCAAAUGUCGUCUUAAUGGCAUCAUUUUGUGGUUGUAUGGUUGAGACUUCAUAAUUCCAGAUGCAACAGAACGGUCUCUGUUACAGUAUAACCAGGCGAUGACAUCAAGAGGUCAUGGGAAAGAGUAAUAUUUUGGUUGUUAUUUGGUCAGAUUAAGAGCGUUUAGGCCAGUAACUGAAAGGCCACUGGUUCGAAUCCUGAGCCGACUAGGUGAAAAGUAUAACCCUAACUGCUCUUCUAAAUUGCUCUGGGUAAGAGUGUCUGCUAAAUUAAUACAUUUUAAAUAAAAAGACAAUAACAAAACUUACUUAUGAAACCUGACCAUGUCAUCAAAAUGACAUUGCAACCAGUUUUGCCUGCUUGGAUGAGACUUCGCUGAUGUUCACCCACCUAAUGUUCCUGGCAGGCACACAGCACAUCACCAGCUGGUUCGCUUUCUGGAAGCAGACGACAUUUGCAUUCUCACCAGCAGAUUUUAAGAGGGAACUGAGAUAUUUGUAUUACAUCUAUGUGAGACCACAUUGUAUUGAUUGAAGUAGGGUUGUGGUCAAAACCAUUUAAAUUUAGAAUGACAUGACUUACAAUUCAAGAUUUUUAAAAGUGCUAUUUUGAAUUUUAAUAAACUUUCUGAAUUGAAAUGGAGGUGACCACAACCAUGUAUUGAAGUGACCUCUGAUUUGAUCUCAAAUCUAGAUCCUCAAAAGACGUGCAAAAGCUACAUUAGACGCUGUGGCCCUUAUUUCCUAAGGCAAUAUUUUCAUUAGAGUAAAAAACAGUAGAUUGGUAAUAAUGGCUGGAAUGGAAUAAAUGGAAUGGUAUCAAACACAUUUAAUGCCAUUCCAUUCACUCCAUUCCAGCCAUUAUGAGCCGUCCUACCCUCAGCAGCCUCCACUGGUGCACACUAAGUAAAUCUGGCCCUAUUUGGGGUAUAGAGUAAGAAUAUCACAUAUUCUGUAAAAACUGACUUUUUGAUUUUCUUGGGGAUUGCAUGUAGGUUGUACUUUUCACAGCGCCAUCUCACAAAACACAAAAACAAACAUUUUCCCUGUGCCAUAGGUGUGAUCAUGAUGUUCUGUACUUUCAUGUCAUAUGUGUUUUAAAUCAUGUAAAUAACUGGAUAGUGAGAAGUUGUAAAUAUGUCAAAAUAAAUGUAUGCUGCUUUGUAUUAAAGUGGGUCUGGUAGGUGAUUCAUUCAUGUAUUUGUGUAAAAGUGUAACAUGUUUGUUGACAAGUUGACCAUUAACCACCGGCCAAUUCAUCAUUAUUUAAAAAAAUUAAAUUAAAAAAUAUGGAAA